AUGGAUGCUGCGAAGCCUCACUGGAAUUGGCCAUCUGACCUCCCGACGGGAGGUCCCGCGAGCAAGAGCCAUUCUGAAGCCGAUGUACCCGAGAAGACAGAGCCUAUAAAGUCUGAGGGCCAUGGCCAACAGGACAGAGACCAACCCCAGGAGCAACCUCAGUCCUCGCCCAAGCAAAGAUACUACGGACCGCGAACAUGUCGCAUCUGCUUCGAGUCGGUUCAUCCCACUUUCGAAGAGCCAAGCGUCAUGAGCGGCUUCAUGAACUCACGCCCACGACCUGUUUACAAAUCCGAUGAUCCCGACUCUGGACGACUCAUCUCACCAUGCAAGUGCAAGGGGUCUCAACGCUACGUCCACGAAGGGUGCUUGCAAGCUUGGAGCUAUUCAUACAAGCUGGAGCGAUUAUCUUGGGCGAAUCGUUUGCAAGGGACCUUUGCGCAAAUAGUACUAACUAUCCUCAUCUUCAUCGUUUCGGUCUUCAUUCUGGGCUUCAUUGCGGACCCGAUUCUGAACUUAUGGACUGAUCCCAUGGGCGCAAUCGCGGAUAUGGCGGCGAAUGUUCUCGACGACAUCGAAGCAAUUCACGAGCCUGUACCUGAGAUGGGUGCGGAGCCUGGAACAUGGCUGGAACACUUCCUCAAAGGCUUCUUUUCUCUUGGACUGCUUGGGUUUGUGAAGUCUCUCUUCGCUCUGUCACCCGUCCAAUGGUGGAACUUGAGAUCCAGCGGUAUCCUCAGUACUUCUGGGCGUCGAGGAGGGACUGGUCGCGCGCGUGUCGAGAACAUCAACUUGGGCUUGGUCGUCAUUGGUGCUGCGACCUUUCUGUGGGGAGUCUGGAAGGGCGUGAGAAAAUUCAGUGCUUCAGCUCUGCAGCGUGCGAGCGACAGAGUCUUCGAUGUGGGUGGUGACGAUGAUGAGGACGAAGAUAUCAAGGAAGACUAA